CCAGGAGGAGCCCGGUUUGAUGAGAAUCACAUGAUGAAACUACUUAGAUGAGUAACACUUGUAAUUGUGUUUUUUAUCAGUUAAUCAAUAGUGAAUUAUCAAUUUAUUUGAUUUUAUUUCUACUUAAUAACUUAAUUUUUAUUCAAUUAUUUAAACUUAACGUGUAGGGAUUGAUAUUAAUGAUUCGGUCUACUUAACGAUAUAUACACAAACCCAACAAUACUAGUUAUUGAAUUUUUUUCGAAAAAAAAAAAAAUACUAGUUAUUGAAGCAUAAAAUAUAACACCACGACUGAAGUACAAAGAAACCUUCUACGGCAAUUCAACGACCAGUGUUUUCUUUAAUGCAUGGUUGAUAUUUAAAAUUCAAGAAUGCCACUCCAAAAUAUUGCUAAGACUAUUUUAAAAACUAUAAUACGCACCUAACUCGCGCAUGGAAGUUAAUCACGUUCGUUGACGCACCUGAUCAAUUGACUUUCUAAGCCAACGUGCGUCCAUGCAUCUCAAGACUCAAGCCUCGUGCUCACAAUCUCACACCCACGUAUUCGCACAUACAGGUGUGCAUAUCUUUUUCAUAUACAUUCGUCUAUGAGGUUAUAAAACUACGUAGACAUCAUAUACAUGUUUAUAGAUUCAGAGAUUGAUAGGAAAGGCAAGUGCAUAUAAUAUGGGGUCAAAAAACAAAAACUCGAGCAAGAGAUUUUUCAUGUUUUAUCUAAUGCUAACGUCACUGUCGUUUUUGGGUUUGAUCUUAAGGUUUAAACCUCUGUUUCUACUCAAUCCCAUGAUCACUUCUCCUUCGAUCAUCGAGAUUCAUUAUUCUUUACCGGUGGUGCCGGUUAACCGUAACCCAAGAUGGCUCAGACUCAUCAAGAACUUUCUUCCGGAUCAAAAAAAGAUCCGAGUGGGUCUCCUCAACAUAGCUGAAAACGAGCGAGAGAGCUACGAGGCAACCGGUACGUCGAUACUUGAGAAUGUCCACGUCUUGCUCGAUCCCCUCCCGAAGAAUCUGACGUGGGAGAGUUUAUUUCCGGUGUGGAUCGACGAGGAUCACACGUGGAACGCGCCAGUGUGUCCAGAGGUCCCUCUACCUCAAGUGGAAGGUACGGCUGCUGACGUGGACGUGGUCGUUGUUAAAACGCCGUGCGAUGGAUUUUCCGAGAGUAAAGGGUUGAGAGACGUUUUCCGGCUACAGGUGAAUCUAGCGGCAGCGAAGCUGGUGGUGGAGAGUGGAAGGAGGAACGUUGACCGGACGGUGUACGUUGUCUUCAUCGGGUCAUGUGAGCCCAUGCAUGAGAUCUUUCGGUGUGAUGAACGCGUGAGGCGCGUGGGGAAAUAUUGGGUGUAUAGGCCUAACCUAAAGAAGUUGAAGCAAAAGCUUCUCAUGCCUGUUGGUUCUUGUCAGAUUGCACCACCGGUUACUGAACUAGAUCAAGAAACGUGGAGACGGCAGAAGAACGAAAGUCUCUCAUCAACAACUACAUUAUCAUCAUUUCCUGCCCAACGUGUUGCCUACGUGACGUUACUCCACUCAUCAGAGAGCUAUGUAUGCGGAGCCAUAGCUUUGGCGCAAAGCAUAAGGCAAUCUGGCUCGAGGCAUGACAUGAUACUCCUCCACGACGACUCUAUAAAAAACAAAUCUCGCAUUGGCUUAAGCCUUGCCGGGUGGAAACUACGGCGUGUAGAGAGAAUCAGUAGCCCUUUCUCCGAGAAAGGUUCUUACAAUGAGUGGAACUACAGUAAGUUACGUGUAUGGCAAGCAACAGAUUAUGAUAAACUAGUGUUUAUAGACGCAGACUUCAUCAUCGCGAAGAAUGUUGAUUAUCUUUUCUUCUAUCCUCAACUUUCGGCUGCUGGCAACAACAGAGUCUUAUUCAACUCUGGAGUCAUGGUUCUGGAGCCUUCAGCUUGUCUAUUUGAGGAACUAAUGCAACAAUCAUUCAAGAUCAAGUCUUACAACGGAGGAGACCAAGGCUUCCUCAACGAAUACUUUGUGUGGUGGCAUAGGUUAUCAAAACGUGUAAACACGAUGAAGUACUUUGGUGAAGAAACCAACAUCGGUCCAAAACGCAAUCUCCCAGACAACUUAGAAGGGAUACACUACUUGGGGAUAAAGCCAUGGAGAUGUUAUAGAGACUACGAUUGUAACUGGGACUUGACAACGCGGCGCGUGUAUGCAAGCGAGUCUGUGAACAAGAAAUGGUGGAAAGUGUACGACAAGAUGCCUAAGAAGCUGCAACGUUACUGUGGUUUGACUCGUAAGAUGGAUAAGAACAUUGAGAAGUGGAUGAAAGCUGCAAAGGUUAAGGGUUUUCCUGAAAAGCAUUGGAGACUUCAAGUGGGAGAUCCAAGGAAGAGGAACCUUGUUGAUUAAGCCAGUGGUAGCGUUUUGGAUCGUUGAUAGGCUUUUGAGAGACAUUUGGGCAUGCAUGAAAGCACUUCAGUUCAGAUUGGGCCUAAGAAAAGAUGUUGUAACUGUUGUUUUUCCUUGUUUGGUCUAAAUAUAUGGUUCUUGUUAUAAGAUAAACAUUGAAAUGA